AUGGGCACUGUGUUCGAGAACGCGGCGCACGCGCAGCAAAUACAGAUCUUGCAGGUGCAAAAGAACAAGCUUUCCGAGCAGCUCACGUCCCAUAAGGCCAAGAUCACCUCGCUCGAGGCUCUUGUAGCACAGGCCGAGCAGCGGGAGCAGCAGCGUGCUCAGACGCUGCUAUGUAUCAACCGGAUCUGGUCUCAGCUCAAUGAUGAUGUCGCCACCUUGGCUGAGCGCGCCGCGGCCGACGCUGGCGGCGACCAGGAGCCGGCAACCGAUGCCGAUGACGCCGGCGAUGAUGGGCCCGACGUGGCUGCGCACGACGCGCUCAAGGGCAUCGCCGAUCCCUUCCUGCGCCGCCUCCUCGCCGCCGCCGACGAGGCCACUGUUGAGGCCGCUGCUGACGAUGCAAAGGCAGCCACCGACGACCCCAGCGACGUCGAGCGCGCUUUGCACGCGCGCGCGGCGGCCACGCUCGCCGCCCUUUCCAAGGUCCUCCGCCUGCUGCAGCUGCGCGCCGGCUACCAAGCCUCCCUCGCCGCCGCCAUUGCCGCCGCGCCCGCCGACGCCGAACUCAAGGCGGAGAACGCGCGCCUCGCCGCGUCCGCCGCGGCAGCGGCCGCGCGCGCCGACGCCGCGGCCGCGCGGCGCCUGGCGCUCGAGGCGGCGCUCAGGCAGGCGGAGGACCGGCUGUUUGAGAGCGAGGAGACCAUGAAGCGCAUCAAAAACGACCUGGCCGACCGAGAGUACGAGCUGCAGGCGGCCCAGAAGAAGGCGCAGCGCGCCAAGGAGGAGGCCGCGCGCCUCAAGCAGCAGCUGGCAGCCAGCGGCGGCGGCGGGGGCGGUGGCGGCCU